AUGGAAUAAAGUUGUAAGUCCUAAUAAUUUGUUUGUUAAGAAUGCAUAGAAAGGGAUCAUUCAGAUCAUAAAACUAUGAUAUCCACUUUCGAAUAGAUAGAAUUACUAAUUUCUGGUUAUUUUAAGGAUAGCUUUCUAAUUAUUCCUGAUGUAUUUGAUUAAAACUUUCAAUAAUAAGAAUUUCAAGAAUUAAAAUAAUAAAUAUAUGAAGAAUUUGAGAAAUUAGAAACUCACUUUAACAAAAGUUAGGAUUAAAUUAAAAUAUUAAUAGAGGCUUACAAGAUUAUUUCAAAAAUCAAAGAUGGGUACAUCAUGGACAUUAGCGCGGAAGAAUUUAGCACUCUUUUUGAAAUCUUUUUGAAUCAGAAGAUAAAUAAUUAUUCAACGCUGCACUCUAAUUUGACUUUACUAAAAAAUAAAUCAAAAUAUUUGAGUGCCAAAGUGAAAGAGAUUCAAUAAUAGCUUGCUUCUUUCCAGAUCAAUUCAGAUACCUUGGAUUUUAGCAAAUUUAUAAGUAGAAACAUAAAAUCGAAGAUAAUAUCCUAAUUUUAUUCAUAGAACCUUUUGAAUUACUCUUUAGUCCCUCAGGAAUAUAAGUAUAUUAAAGGAGUAAGAAUUGGGGAAAUCGAAAAUAAUAAUGAAAUCUACUACGGAGAAAUUAAUGAAAAGUAAAUCAAGCAUGGAAAAGGUAUUAAUGAAUAUUAAAAAGGUGUUUAAAUUAUAAAAAACGGUGAUAUAAUAUAUGAGGGUAUUUGGGAGUAAGAUUAAUUACAAUGGGGUUAAAAAACAACUUUUAAUGAAAACUCUGAAUGCUGUAUAUUUUAAGGGAAAAUGAAUAAUAAAAAACUUAACGGAGUAGGGUUAAAAAAAAGUUCAUUUGAAUAUGAGUAAAAUUAAAUUACAUCAUUUUUAUAGAGUGAAAGCACAUUUUAUGGAUGACAAAAUUUAAGGAGAAGGACUUCUUACUACAAAGAAUGGAGAUCAGUAUUAUUAUUAUAUAUUUUAUUAGAUAUAAAGGAGAAUUUUAUGAUAAUAAAAAGCAUGGUCAUGGUGAGUUUCAGACAACAAAAGGAGAUAGGUAAAUCAUUCUAUAAUUUAGAUAUGAAGGAGAAUUUUACAAAGAUAAAAAAUAAGGAAGAGGUACUUAUUACUUUCCUAAUGGCGAUAUGUAAAUUAAAUUUGCUUUAUGUUAGUUAUAAUGGCUAAUUUUAAGAUGAUUAGAUUCAUGGUAAAGGAGAAUUGAAAAUAUAUAAUACUGGAGAUGUGUAAAAUUAAUAUCAAUUCUAGUUAUAUUGGUCUAUUUAAAAAUAAUAAAAAAGAAGGAGAUUUUGAAAUCAAACAUUCAAAUGGAUAGAGGUAUAUAUAUAUUAUUAAAUACAGUUGCAAAGCUGCUUUUAAAAAUGACUAAGAAAUUGGAAAUGUAAAAUCAAUUAUCUAAAAAUCUGCUCAUAUAAUAAAAGGAACUAUAUUUCAUGAUAGAAAACAAUGA